CUUCGAACUUCUCGGGCGACUCUCCCGAUGUCGUCAGAGGAGCCAGGCCCUGGCCUCGACGGCGCGGACGAGCGAGACGCUCUGCCAGCUCCAUCGAACACGAUCAACGGCAGAUCACCUCGAGACUGCAUCAAGUUCUUGCUCGCUACAGACAACCAUGUAGGAGCACACGAGCGAGAUCCGAUCAGAGGAAUGGACAGCAUCAACUCGUUUAGAGAAGUCGUCGACCUGGCAGUUGCCAAUCGAGUCGACGCUCUCCUGCUCGCCGGCGAUCUCUUCCACGAGAACAAACCCUCGAGGAUUUCGUUGCAUCAGGUCAUGGCCAUCUUGCGCGAGAGAUGCUUCAGUCGGUCAGAGGUCAACCUCGAAGUCAUUAGCGACUUGGGACUCGAGGGCGGCGCGUACAGCGAGGCCUUCCCUACAGUCAAUUAUGAGGACACCAACAUCAACGUCGGCUUGCCUGUCUUUUCCAUUCACGGCAACCAUGACGAUCCUCAAGGCGCAGGACCUGAAGGAGGAGCGCUGAGCGCUCUAGAUCUGCUCUCCGUGUCUGGCCUCAUCAACUAUUUCGGCCGUCAAGAAUUGCCAGGUUCGACCAUAACGGACUCGCAGGCCAAAGAGCAAGGCAUAGAGAUCAAGCCGAUCCUGCUCAAAAAAGGAAAGACAAAGCUGUGCAUGUACGGCGUGGGCAACAUGCGCGAUGAGCGAUUCCAUCAGGAACUCCGUGCUGGCCGUAUACGGUACAUGAAGCCACAAGAUCAGGCAGAAGAGUGGUUCAACCUCAUGCUCAUACAUCAGAACAGGGCUCCGCGCACGCAGCAGUCCUAUGUGCCUGAGAAUGCGCUCGAUAGCGACAUUGACCUCGUCGUCUGGGGACACGAGCACGACUCCCGCAUCAUUCCAGAGACAGUACCAGGUCGUCGCUACUUUAUCACCCAGCCGGGCAGCACUGUCUCGACGUCUCUCAUCGAGGCCGAAGCAGCACCCAAGACGGUAGCACUUCUGAGCAUCCAGGGCAAGGAUUUCCAAAUCGAUCCCAUCGUCUUGCGAACCGUUCGACCGUUCAAGUACAAAGAAAUCAGUCUGGCCGAAGUGCAAGAGAACGACGAGGUAGAGCUCAACAGUCGAGCUCAGAUCACAAAGUUCCUCAAGAGCCAGAUUCAGAUGCUCAUCGCCAUAGCCAGUCAAGAGCACCAAGAGCUGAACGAGGAUCCCAAUGGCUCGCCUGUACCGCCAAUGCUGCCUCUCAUUCGACUCAAGGUCGAUUUCAGAGCCUCGUCAUCGGUAGAUGAGGGCACUCCUGACUUCGACGUGCCCAACUCUCAACGCUUUGGCCAAGAAUUUGCAGGCAAAGUCGCCAAUCCAAAGGAUAUCGUCCAGUUCUAUCGAUCCAAGAAAGUAGCGGCGAAGAAAUCGAUGAGAGUCGUGCCUGAUCAGCCAGACCAAGUCGGCCUAGAAGAUGUCGAGCCCGGUGCUCGCGCAGAGAAGGUUCAGGUCGAGACGUUUGUACGACAAUAUCUCGAAGCGCAGCAUAUGGAAAUACUCGACCAGACCCACUUUGGUCAGGCCGUAGAGAGCUUCAUCGAGAAGGACGACAACAAGGCGAUCAGCGAAUUUGUUGGGGCUAUGCUCAAGUCGCAAAGGAAGCAGCUCUCUGCCAAUGCAAGCUAUGCAAGAGAUCGUACAACAGAAGUAGAUCAGAUCGAAGCUUUGGUCGAGAAGACCAAAGCGGCUGCAGCUGCCUCGCUACAGGAAUUCGGCUCGACGGCCGGUAAGAAGAAAGGCAAGAAUGCAGCAGUAAAUGAUGAAGGCUCCGAUUCAUUCGAUAGCGACUUUGACAGACCUUCUGAUGGCGACUUCCGCAAGACGCCGCCUGCCAAAGGCAAAACGAGAGCGCCCGCAAAAUCCAGGGCCAAAUCGCCAGCGCUCUUUCGAGACGAAGAUGACGAAGACGAUGAUGAAGAAGAGCUCGAAUUACCAUCGGCGUCCAGGAAGCCUGUAGCAAAGGGCAAGCGUGCUUCGCCUGCUACGACCCGAAAGCCGGCCGCGAAGCCUCGUGCAAGGAAAGUCGCUGAGCCUCCGCCUUCGGCCAUGCCUCGUGCUCGUCGCACUGCUGCUACCGACGCUCGCAAGAGAACGCAAGCUGAGCAAGACGACGAUAGUUCAGACAUUAUCGAGCUUGAUGACUAGAUGCGCAUGCUCCGUGCAUGUGUUGUUGUACAACCAAGAAAAAGUGCAUGCAACAGUACUGCUUACAUACGG